GCCAUCCAUCUUUUUAACGGUCCUUCUGAUUUUGUGAUAAAACAGUAAAACCCUACCCGUCUCUGCGCGUCUUGUUCACUUUCAAUCAUCUUCGCCGGCAAAUCUGAGAUUUUUUAAGGUCUAGUUAAGGAAUUAUCACAUGGCGGGGGCUAACGAUGGGACAAGUCGUCUAAGGCCGAACCUACUAAUAACGGGAACUCCAGGAACCGGCAAAUCGACGACGGCUGCUGCUCUCGCCGAAGCCACGAAUCUCAAGUAUAUUUGCAUCGGAGAUCUCGUCAAAGAAAAGAACUUGCACGAUGGCUGGGACAGUCAGUUCAAGUGUCACAUCAUCAACGAAGACUUGGUGUGUGAUGAGCUGGAAGAUGUAAUGCAAGGAGGAGGUAACAUUGUGGACUACCAUGGCUGUGAUUUCUUUCCAGAGCGAUGGUUUGAUCGUGUUGUGGUGCUUCAAACUGAGAACUCCCUUUUGUAUGACCGUUUAACUAAGAGGGGUUAUUCAGGAAUCAAGCUUAGUAACAACCUUGAAUGCGAAAUGUACCAAGUCCUGCUCGAAGAAGCAAAGAAAAGUUAUCUAGCGUCAAAAGUCAUCCCGCUACAAAGCAACACAAUCGAAGAUAUAACUCAAAAUGUUGCGAGUCUGACUGAUUGGAUUACAGCUUGGCGACCCUGAUGAUCAAUGCAUCUGUAAUGGUUUACAAGUUUCAGUUUUUUUAGUAGUUUCAUUAUAUGGAUUCUGAGUCUCGGAUCUUGCUUGCAUUUUAUAUACUGAUAGUCUCUGAAGCACAA